GGAGUAAACCAUGAAUUUGCUUUCUUCCAUUCGAUCUAUCAAUUGACUGAAGUUUUUUGCCAAAUGGGGGAGAUGGGAAACAAAUAGAGAAGCUAGCAUUGCCUCCGUCAUAAGUACUCGUACAUAUGUAAAUAUAUAUUCCUACGAACGCGUAUGUUUACGUUCGUAUAAAAGGCAGCCAACUCAUUCCGCCUAGCUCUUUUAAAAGUAACAAAAUUGCAUGUGAACGGUGAAUCCCUUUUGAAGGACGCAGUAAGGUUAUUUUUUAAAGCAUCAAAAGAAUGUUCAACUCGUUAUAAUAACUUUUUGGUAAAGAGGGGCUCAGCGGGAACAUGUGAGAGGCAUAACCAUCUUCGCCUUGCAUAUUUGCCUCGCAUAUUUGUUCAGUUCAUCCAUCGAGCAGAAUUCGCUCAAAGGUGUAGCGAAACUAACUAGGGGACGCACGUUUAUGAAUGCGUAAAUGUAUACGCUUAUGUAUGCCUGAGGGGUAGCUCAUGCUUACAAACGAAUGAACGGGCAACAUGGAUCUGUUGAAGGAGUAUGACGAUAGUGAAGACGGGGAGGGAGACGGCACCGAAGUCGCCGAAGGGAUGCAAAGCAACCAAGGGGAAGAACAAAAGGGUCAAAUGGUAAGUGCGACUCCCGUUAGCCUAAUAAACUGUGCACCCGACGUUGAUACAUACGACUUGGAAAUAAAAAACUACAAAGAAAAGUUUAAAAAUAUAGAAAAGAAAAUAAUGUUCGACGACCCGACUUUUCUGAGCGUACUGAAUAAGCCUCAACAGGGACCCAGCAUAAAUGAAAAUUACAACUUUUUAAAAAAUGCAUCCAAGAAUCAUUACAAUGGGUGCAUAGAAUCAACCUAUGUGAAUAAAAACAUGUUUGAUUAUCAGUAUAAUCAGUUUAACUUAACUGGGGUAACGGAGAACCCGGCCCUGAAAAGUUGCUACAAGAAGAAUUACCAAAAUUAUAUAGUAGCAAGGAGUAGGGAUUAUGAAUUGCUAAAUGAUGGGCAGCCGUCAUAUGACCAGAGGUGUAAGAAGAAAAGAUUCAAAAGUGAAAGGCAGGAUGAUGACGCUUUGGAAAGGUAUAAAAGCCCCUGGGAGGAUAAAAGCUCAUUGUAUAGCAAACAGGGGGAAAAGACUGAAAAGGGAGAGACACUCGAGAACGACGGGGUUAAAGCAGAUUCCCAAACGAAUAAUGAACAGACUAAUAAUGAGAAAGGCGGGUCUAAAAAGGCAGCAAGGAAAAACGCAAUUAUGAAGCUAGAAGCUUGCACUUUAGACGAAGCAAUUAAGAAAAAUGUGGUAAACGAGAAAAGUACCCUAUAUAAUGAUAAGGUAGUCUCCACAUUACACAUAGAUGAAGAAUCAAAUGACUAUUAUCAUAAGUCCUGGUUCGAAUUGCCUGCAGAAUAUAAAGAAAGAGAUUUUAUGAUAGAAGAAAAUUUUCCUCCUAAGAAAGAAAUUCACACAUAUAAAGGACACAAAAUGGGGGUUCAGAAGAUUCGCUUUUUUCCCAAAUAUGGAAAUUACAUUCUCUCUGCUUCAUUAGAUCAUACGCUAAAAUUAUGGGGAGUUUAUAAAUCAAAAAGUUGCGUGAGAACAUACAAGGGACACUUCAAAGGGGUUAAAGAUGUUCUUUUUGAUAAUGACGGAGCGAAUUUCCUAAGCUGUAGUUAUGACAAUAAUGUAAUUUAUUGGGAUACAGAAUAUGGGAAAAUAAAAGGAGUGUAUAAUCAAAAAAAGACGCCCUACUGCUUAUGUUUAAAUCAUGAUGAUCCAAACACGUUUUUGGUCGGAGGUGCUAAUAAUAAAAUUUGCCACAUAGAUUUCCGAACAGGCAACAUAGAAUUAGAGUACAAUGAACAUUUGCAAGCCAUAAAUACUAUUACCCUAUGUGAAAAUAAUAAAAAAUUGAUAAGUACAUCCGAUGAUAAAAAGAUUUUUAUUUGGGAGUAUGGCCUUCCUGUCGUCGUCAAGUAUAUAUCAGAUGCAUCUAUGUUUUCAAUAACAGCCGUUUCGGUGCACCCCAGUAACAACUUUUUUUUAUGUCAAUCGAUGAACAAUGUAAUUACUGUUUAUGAAUCCACGGGGAAAUUUCGACUGUUUUCGAAGAAGACUUUUAAGGGCCAUCACAAUAUUGGCUAUGCAAUUAACGUAUCGUGUAGCAAUGACGGGAAGUACGUCAUUAGUGGGGAUAGUAAUGGGGGCCUGUUCAUUUGGAAUUGGAAAAAAAUGUCAAAUUUUAAAAAUAUGAAGGCGCAUCAAAAUGUCUGCAUAGAUUGUGCGUGGCACCCCUUUAAGACCUCCAUGUUGGCAACCGCUAGUUGGGACUCCACCGUUAAGUUGUGGGAAUGA